UCCAACUCACUGUCGCACCUUAUCCGUAACAGCAAAGCAACAUCUCAUCAUUUUCUGUUCACCAUAACAAACCAACUAGCUCUACGAUAGGACUCGUCUCAACAAUCAAUUGGCUUUUCGGAAUUCUGAGUUAUGGCCACCAUGCACCCGGAGUUCGACAUUUUAAUCGCUGAAUGAUCCGCCGCCAUGUCCACUGUGGAUGUCAAUCAGAGGCGCGUACUGUUAACAUAUGUGGCUGCUUGUGCCUCGUUCUUCUGCAUUACAUAUGGCUUCAAUAAUCCAAACCUGAUAGGUUUACCUCGGCUGUCUUUCGUGCUGGUCUGUCUGGUAGGAUGUUGUGGCGCUCAUUUGGGCGCCAGCCAGAUUUCACGAUGGCUCCCUGGCGCCAGUGGGAGAUUCGAUACACAUAACUCAGAAAAUGAGGUAUUGACUACCAAGUCAUCCUAUGCUGGUCUUCCACAGCGACCUCGAAGGUACUUUAUACCGCUGUUGGUAGGACUCAUUGUCCUACGCCUUGAGAUCUUUCUUGGCAUUGAACAUCAAUGCACGCUGCCAGGCUUCGAGGCACUUCUUCCUCUCAUUGUACUUUACCGCCAGUUGCGGCUCUCUCAGCCACAAAGCAUUGAAGAUGAUUCGAAUCCAGGUCUAGCUCAAUCACUUCGAUGGAUCUCGACCGUAGGGUCUGUACUGAUUUCCAUUGGUGCUUGGCUGGCUGCACUUCCCACGACCAAGUCUACAUUUUUUUGCUCGCGUGGGGCUUCGAAACCAUGGACGAUUGUGCUUCAAAUAGUCGGACUAGUUUCCGAGGCGACCAUAAUCGAAAUACUCUGGCGCGUGCUCUCCAGGCAACGGACAACCAAGCAGUUGAUAAGCACAGUAGCUGGUGUUUUGCUUCAAGCUGCUAUUGGAACAUCGGUUGCCCUUAUCUUCCAAUACGGGGUUGAUACCUUCUGGGCAUGGACGAGGACGGGGGAUGGAUAUUCAGUCAGCUCGUGGAUCGCCUAUAGCAUGGAUAUCUUGCUAUUUGGGUGUUUGCUUGCUGUCUUUAUCCUCUCAUCUGGAUCCUUGGUAAACCAGGUGGGCCCGGCAUUUCUUGUCCACAUCCUUGCAAUUAUCUGCGGACUUGUUGCGGUGGUCGUCAACAUUGCGGCUAUCGGAACCUGGCAUGGUCUAGCGACGAGCACCGUAAUCCUGAACAUGCUACCCUUGGUUAUUGGAGCAGUAUUGUUCAUUCAUAGUGCGCGGGCUGUCUCACCAUUGGUUUCUGCGUGCCUGGUUCUUGUACUGGUCUGUUUUCUCAUCGGUACAAGCAUUUGGGCCAUUGUCAGGCGUGGCCAUCCAACUCGUACGCACCCGCUUCAGACCAUGAUAUCAGAUGUGCGGGUUGAGACCGAUCGUUGGCUUGUUCAUGCAUCUACGAGCGACUCACUGCGUGUUGCCGUCAAAGAAUACCGCCAAAGAUAUGAUAAUCGAGAGCCGCCGAAAGGUUUCGAUUUAUGGUAUGCAUAUGCAAUCGAACAUAAAUCACCCAUCGUCGACUACUUUGAUCAGAUCCACCGGGACUUGCAACCAUUUUGGGGACUACGGCCGUCCCAGAUUCGCGAAAGCAUCAAAAAGCUUGAGCUUGAGCGGGACAUAGUUGUUAUAAAGGUUACUGAUGGCCAGGUUACUCAUGGCGAUACUCCGAGUGAGCAUUCGGACGAGGUCAACGGGCUAGUGGAAAUGAUUCGGUCGUUUUCAAAGCACCUUCCAGAUCUGCAAAUCGCCGUCAAUUUGGACAUAAACCCACGUGUUCUUGCGCCUUGGGGAAAUGUGGGUGAGCGAGUGUUGCCCGGAACGAGAGGGCGGUUUUCCCGGCGAGAUAACACUCAACAAGGUGAAUCACUUGGAGCAGACGGUAAAGGCUCUUUGCAUCCCGACGCAGCGGGGGAGACCCGGGAAGGCUGGCAUCACAUGGCGUCUCCUCCAGGCCCAACGAUGGGAGGGGCCGAGUUCCGAAGACUCAACAUGCAAGCUUGCCCUAGGAGGUCGACCAUGCGUUCCACAUCUUACUGGAAUACUCGAGAUAUUUGCGUCUCUUGCUUCAGCCAAGAGUCCUCUGGAGCUUUCCUCAAGGAUUGGAUGCUUGCAUCUGAUCUAUGCCACCAGCCGGAUAUGCUCAAACUGCACGGGUUUUUCCUAUCAGCCCCAGUCACUCCACCGCUAAGCGAUCUACAGCCACUGUUUAGUAGAUCAAAACCAAGCACCUUCAGUGAUAUUCUGAUCCCGUGGCCCAGGAAACCAGGCAACCAAAACAAAGUCUUGGAUUCUGGCCUUGGGUUGCAUGACAAAAACGAUCGACUCUUCUGGCGCGGCAGAAGUGAGCAUGGCGCAUUUCCAAACCAGAUUUAUUAUGGAGGACACCAAGAGAGGCUUGUCCAUCUCGUUAACAAUGCCUCCCAAUCUGACGAGGUCUUUACCGUUAUGGCCACGGACUGGAAAGACUCCGAUGGCAACAAACCGUUCCAGUACGAGCCGGUAAGUACAUUGGAAAUGAACCAGGUGCUGCUGCCAAACGUCAGGAUCGGCGAGUACGGGCCCUGCAAAACUCCCGAACAAAUUACUACGAGAUAUUGCCGUUCGAUGAUGACAGAGUUCGGCCCGGCAGUGGAGGCCGAUGCGCCCAUUUUCGACAACCGAUACGUCCUCUUGACCGACUCUGACACUACGGGAGUUUCAAACACCGGGCCUGGCAGCGACCUUAUCAUGGACGCGCUCGAAUCGUCCACUCUGCCCUUCGUGGGCACCAUCUUCCGUGAGUGGUAUUCGGAGCGACUGAGGCCGUGGCUGCACUUUGUGCCUGUCGAUCUUCGCUACACCGCACUACAUAGCACGCUGGCGUACUUUAUGGGGCUGGAUGGUAGAGGCCAGAUCAAAGGCCGGGAUUCCGGGGUUGAGGCACACGUUGAGAAUGCUAUUUGGAUCGCCGACCAGGGAAAGAAGUGGGCGGCGAAGGCUCUCAGACCGGAAGACGCGCAGAUCUAUCUUUUCAGGCUGCUUCUCGAAUGGGGCAGGAUCAUCAGCGAUGAUAGAGACCGGAUGAACUACGUUCCAGAGAAUACGUCCUAGCGAGUGUACCGGUCACUCCGCCAGCCCAAGUUUUCUUGGCGUUUCCAUUUCACUUUUUUUUUUUUUUUUUUUUUUUGCUCGGAAUUCCUGAAAACCAAGCGCAGUACGACCGGUGACUGACAGUACAUGCAGUAACACAAGAUAUCGCUAAAACAAGCUCUCUCUUAUCAUACAUUAAAUUUGUGGGGGUGCGGACUCGGUCAAGAGCGGGUUAUAAGUCCAGCCCAUACGCCUGAUCUGGAUUUGAAUGCUCUCCAACACUCGUCUCUUGAUUCCGGCGGCAUCCUCGAUAUCCUCCCCAAGGAAUGCGCCGUGUGUGCUCUUGAACUCGUACCUCUUGAGCACUUCCCAGAUCCUACUAAUAUCUUCCACCGACAGCGGGAUCGAAUUGGGACCACUCCACAUGAAGGCAAAGGUGUUUAUUCCCGGCGGCCUCGAUCUCGCAAUCCCGGCGGCAUCGGCCUCCCACCCGCCCAGGCCGGCGGGUGUUGUGAGCAGGGUGUCGGAGAUGAGCAGGCGUCCGUUAAAGUGGCCGACCAUGCUACCUGGGAAGUGUCCGCCCAACUUGACGGCGAUGAAGCCGGAGCGGACGCCCUCGAUGAUGAUCUCGUGGGAGCGGCGCAUGAUCUGGUCCGUCUUGCUGUUGCCAAGGAAGACGUGCAGCGGUAUCUCGAGCGCGACCCAUUUCCUGUCCUCGGCGGCCAGGAACACGGGGCAGCCAAAGGCGGCGGCCCACUCGGCGUGCGCCGUGUAGAAAUGUGGGUGUGAGAUGACUAUGGCGGCCAGGCCGCCGAGGGCCCGGAUGCGCUCCACCGUGUCGUCGUCGAGCAGCGUGAUGCAGUCCCAGAGGAUGUUGCCGGCGGGUGUGUCUGUCAGGAAGGUUUGUAUUUGAGUCAGUACGUGUUGCCUAUGGCCGGGCCCAAGGCCAGCCUUGCGACUCGUGUCAUCUCUUUUAUACGUCGUUUGUGCGUAUGCAAUUCUUCUCCUGUUUGCCAAGCACUUACGAACAAGAAUGGCGCGCUGGCCCAUGGCGAAUAUGGGCUUUGUCACGAUACUGAUCAUGGCACCAUGCGGGUGAUAUCUCUCCUGUUUUGGCGGCUGUGGGGACAGCCUCUUGGCCUUGGGAUUGUUGUGUAUGCUGCUGGAAGAGACCCCGAGUCGCUUCCAGCUGUCGGGCCUCGCUUGGGCCAUUGGGUGGCGGCGGUUGAUCAAGAGAUCCGACGGAGGCAGGGUCGGCGACGAACCGGAAUCCACCACAGACGACGCAACGGAGGUGGUGGGAGAUGGAGGCGACAUCGGACCCGGAUAGGACGGCUCAUACGGCAUAAAGAUGUUGCGGUGGCCCGAGGCACGCAGCGCCGCCAUGGUCGUGAAGCUCUGGCCGGCCGCCGGCGUGUAGUGUCGGGGGUCAUCGCAGAUGAAGCACGUCUUUUGCCUCGACCGCGACGUCGUUGGGUAUUGGGUCCCGCAGCUGACGCAUAUCAGCCACUGGGACGUGAGGGAAGUUUCGAGGCCCGGGGUGGUUUCGUCUGCUGCCGGCAUCGUUUUGCCAAAAAAAAAGGUUGUUGUUUGCUUUUUGUUACAUGUAGUUUUUGUUUUGGUACCGAUCGGGAUACCUAUACGACAAAGCCUCCUAAGGUGGUAGAAUGGCUACCAGAUGGGACAACCUUAGUUGGGGCCUUUCGAAAAGAUAUACUUAGAUAAGGUAGUAGGUAGGUACAUUUGAGAAACAGCCAUUUCCACGGGCCUCCACUUUGACUCCCUCCAAACAAGUCUGUGUGGUUGCAUUUUUUUUACAGA